AAAAACACUCUCCUCUCCUCCUUUGACAUACAAUCUUUACUACCAAUGUCCUCCACAAGCAAUAAUAACUGCAUUAACCCUCAUGAAGUGAACCGCAUAUCCUGGAACGAAGCUGUCAUCGCCCAUAACAGCCACAAGGUAGACCAACACCUCUUUUUCAAGAAUAAGGGCUCGACGCUCUACAAGGAAGAAAAAGACAUUCUUGGGAAUCUAGUUGGUCUCAAAGUUUGCCAUCUGCAAUGCAAUGCUGGUCAGGAUACCCUCAGUCUCGUCACCACAUUAGGUGCACAGAACCCUGUCGGCAUCGACAUCAGUGACACAGCUAUUGCGUUUGCCACCCAGCUGGCCAAGGAUGCCGGUAUCGAGGCUACAUUUAUUCGAGCCGACAUCUUCGAUUAUUUUGAUGUCACAAACCCUGACCAAUUCGACAUGGUCUUUGCAAGUUACGGUGUCAUCAAUUGGUUGAAAGAUUUGAAGAAAUAUGCCGCAGGGGUGAACAAAAUUCUAAAACCUGGAGGACGCUAUCAUCUGAUCGAAUUCCAUCCAACAGCCUACAUCUUCAAUCCGGACUUAGUUCAUGAGUAUCCAUAUUCCAGCCAAGGCAACCCUAUUCAUGAGGAGGGCGGCGUCAAUGACUACGUCGCAUUGUCUGCACCUGAGGAUGGUGAUGAGCUCAUGCCGAACCUCAAGUAUGCGACUGGUAUCCAGGAUUUUCAAAAUAAGAACCCGAGCAUUGAAUUCUGUUGGGGCCUUGCAGACGUUAUUGGCCCCCUCGUUGCCAAUGGACUCCAUCUUACGGAGUUUAAGGAAUAUCCUUACUCCAAUUCCUUUAAAAUGUACAAGGAUAUGGUUGAAGAGAAGGUAGAGGAGGGUAUUCGAUGGCACUUCAAAGGACCCAUGUUGCCAUUUAUGUACUCUGUUUCGUUCAUUAAGCCUGUGCGAACAUGAUACAAGAUAAUCUCUUUUCCUUUAUUAAUACUAUUAAAG